AUGGAACUUUCGGCGUCGGUGGACGUGGAUCAAUUGGAUAAGAUGAUCAGGCAGCUGAUGAAACUAAAGAUGGAAGGAGAAGAUCACCUGUGCAGCCUUGACAAGAAAAUGUCCGUCAUGGACAAGCAAUAUCGCCAGAGAACCAUGGAGCUGCAGAGACAUGAGAAACGGCUCGACGAAUACACACAGACAAUGCAUGCCAUGGAACUUUCGGCGUCGGUGGACGUGGAUCAAUUGGAUAAGAUGAUCAGGCAGCUGAUGAAACUAAAGAUGGAAGGAGAAGAUCACCUGUGCAGCCUUGACAAGAAAAUGUCCGUCAUGGACAAGCAAUAUCGCCAGAGAACCAUGGAGCUGCAGAGACAUGAGAAACGGCUGGACGAAUACACACAGACAAUGCAUGAAAGGGAGAAGGACGUGGAGCGGAUGACGAGGCGACUGGAGCAGUUGGAGGAGAAGCUGAAGGAGGAGCGGGAACGCAGGGCCAAGUUGCUGGAGCACAGAGGCGCGUUGCAACGGGAAACCGAGAAUGCGUUUGCAGUGUACAAAGCCCGCACUGAGCGCAUCAAGUACCUCAGGUCCAGGGUCAGCAAAAUCUCUGCUGAAGUGGAAAAGUUCCUUUGCCAAGGAAAGGAUGAAAUGGAGACUGUUCGUCGGGAUUCUGGGCUCUACGAAAACAGCACCAUGAACAAAACCAUCAGCCCUGAUUCUCCGUUUUGAAUAUCCUGCACCAAUAGUUUACGAACGAUUCGAGUAAUUAAUAUUGGCGAAGCGUGUUUCCAUUGUUCCAGCUGCUCUUUAUUCGCGAUUCCAUCUUUCCAAUCUAAACACGCAGAAGCGUCGGAAACAUUCAAGAUGAUUUCAUCAUCAUCGGUUUGCCGAGGAAUUUCAGGAAACGAACACUUGACAAUAAGGCUUUUUUUUUUAUUCCUACGAUCCCAAUUCGUCCAAUUUUACACUUGUAGUCCUUUGUUGUUUUCAUUUGUUUACCUUCUUACGGAAUUUCCGAGAUUCUUUUUUCUCCGUUACCAAAGAAUUUCAGAAUAAAAAUGCGAUCAAAAGUUCGA